GCUAACUAAGCCGAUCGAACCAAGCAUAAAGCAUUAAACCCUUUAAAAUUUAGAAGUUUCCAUUUGAAUUGAGCCGGGGAGAGAAACAGUCAAAAAGAAAAAGGAAGCCCGAAAUCUCCUCUUCCCGAUCGCAGACUGCGAUUUCCCCCUCGCCUUCCCGAUCAGUUUUCCGGCCACCAAACCGACGAAGCUAGGUGGCGAUCAACUCCCUGGACACCGGAGACCUCAGUUCCGGCCUCCCUUUCGCUGAUUGGGGCUUGACUAAGACGAAUCGACGCUCUCUCUCCUGUCGCGCUGCUAGCCUCCUCCGACCCGCUUUUCCGACUUCCGGCAGUCCCAAUCGGCAAGACUGGUAUUGGGAUGCUCCUCUCUUGUCGCUGACUCUAUGGCUUUCCUUCUCACCGAGCAGAACUCCAAUAGCGCUAAUCGAAGCUGUGAGUAUUUGACAGCUUCCCUUCUUCGAUUUUCGGCAAGCCAAGCUCUUUACGGUGAUUUCUUUCACUAAGGAAAGGUUCGGCAUCGAUCUCUCUUGAACUAUUGGUGGCUUUACGAAACUCAAUUGGGUGAAAUGCAUUAUGUGGUCGUUUCUCAGAGCUUUCAAGUCCACCGAUCCGGAUGCAUUAGUGCGCACCUUAGCCAUCAGGCAAGGAUAUAUGCAGAGGACUGAUUCCAUGGAUGAGGUAUAGCUACAUUUUGAAGAUGUUCUAGUGCUUCUUUCUUGGAGGUAAUGGCAUCCCAUCUUACAUUCUUUGCCACUUUGUCAUCGCUGAUCCAUUUCAGGAAGUCGUCAACAUCAGAAAUCUUAAAUGGAGGGGGAGAAAUUCUUGAUGGAUCCAUAAAGAUGUGCAACAAUGAUUUUAGUUGAAAGAGAAGGAGAUGCGUACCCUCAUCCAUAAGCUUCUUUAAGUAGCAUUUCCUUGGGGCUAAGUGAACAAAAUGGAGCAAGGUUCUUUUGCAUCAACAGGCUUGAAAGAAGGUGGUGAUGAAUUCUCCAAUCUCUCCCUUCGGCCCUUCGAUGUCUCUGAUAUUGAGGAUUUCAUGGUCUGGGCUACUGAUGAGAAGGUGACUUAUUUUUGUAGUUUUGAUCCUUACAAAAGCAAAGAAGAUGGCAUAAAUUAUAUCAAAAACACUGUUAUACCUCACCCUUGGUAUAGAGCCAUAUGCCUUAACAACAGGCCUAUAGGUUCCAUUUCAGUGACAAAAAAUUCAGGCAAUGAUAUUUGCAGAGGUGAACUUGGCUAUCUUCUGGCUUCUCAAUACUGGGGCAAAGGAAUUGCAACAAGGGCAGUGAAAAUGGUGGCCAAGGCUAUAUUUAAAGAGCAACCGGAAUUGGAGAGACUUGAAGCUUUAGUAGAUGUAGAAAAUGUGGGUUCCCAGAGAGUGCUAGAGAAGGCUGGCUUCACCAGAGAAGGUGUUCUAAGAAAAUAUUUUAUUCAAAAGGGAAGGAUUAGAGACAUGGUCAUGUUUAGUCUUCUUUCUACAGAUCCUGUAAUUUGAUUCUUAGUUAAGUAGGAUAGAAUACAUCUGUUAGACUUCAAUUCAGAUUUAUUGUUAGAUAUAAAAAUUAAAUAAAGUAGAUUGUGAAAAUUUUUGCUUUU